AUGGGCUUGAUUGGUCAGGCUGCGCGGCGCCUGUCGGUUGGGCGCUUGCCAAGCGCCUCCUUGCGGCGGAGUAUCGCCAGUAUGCCGCCAGUUGUGGACACUAUUUAUGCUCCGGCCACCGCGGCUGGACGUGCCGGCGUUGCGGUCAUCCGUAUGUCGGGGCCUUUAUCCAAACAGAUCCUUGAGCUUUUGACUCCCGGUACCGGGGUGCCUCCGCCGCGACAGAUGGCCGUGCGCUCGCUCCGGGACCCGACCACUGGGGAACUGGUCGACCGGGGCCUGGUGGCCUUCUUUCCCGGACCAGGGAGUUUCACUGGCGAGGACAUCGCCGAAUUCCACGUCCAUGGCGGCCCGGCCGUUGUUGAAGGGCUGCUUUCGGCCCUGUCCAAUGCGGGCCAGAAUCUCGCGCCCCCGGCAUCCGCUUCCGCCGGAGCUGCUGGCGGUCGCGUCCGCUGGGCCCUGCCAGGCGAGUUCACUCGCCGCUCUUUUCACAAUGGCAAGCUGGAUCUGACCCAGGCCGAAGGCUUGGCCGAUCUGCUAGCGGCAAAUACGCAAGCCCAGAGGCGCCAGGCUCUGCGCCUGGCUGGCGGCGCUGCCCGACGGGCUGCCACUGCCUGGCGAGGGUCCAUCUCCCGUGCUCUGGCACACCUGGAGGCGUUGAUCGACUUUGCCGAUGACAAUGACUUCGCCGAGCAGGAAACCCUGAGUGUCGCGGCCGACGCGCUGGCGGCCAUUGUGGAGGACAUGGAAUUCCGUCUCUCCCGCAGCCACUGUGGCGCCCUCAUCCGUGAUGGACUUCGGGUUUCGCUGGUUGGCUCGCCGAACGCCGGGAAGAGCAGUCUCCUGAAUGCCAUUGCCGAGCGCGAGGUGUCCAUUGUGUCUCCGUUUGCCGGGACCACGCGGGAUAUCGUUGAGGCUCCCUUGUCCCUGGGUGGCUUUGCCCUCCUGGUUAGCGACACGGCCGGGCUCCGGUCAGCCCCACCGUCCGGGGGCUCCGAUGGCCAUGACCUGGACCCGGUCGAGCGCGAGGGCAUUCGCCGGGCGCAGGCCAAAAUCGCCGAUGCACAUCUGCGCCUGGCGGUCAUCGAUGCGCAGGCCUUCCUGGCCCGGUCGGAAUUAGACCCCCUUGUGGCGGCGCAAAUCACUGGCGAUACAUUGGUGGCCUUCAAUAAGGUGGAUCUGCUGCCUGCGGCCGAUGGCGACCCCAUGGCCGUGGCAGACGCCCAGCGCCACAUGCUGGCCUCUCGGCUUGAAGCGGCCCUCGCCGAACAUGGAAGCCACCCCGCUGCAUCUCUGCCGGAGGUGGAAACUAACCUUUUCCUCGUGUCCUGCACAACCCGCCUCGGGGUGGAUGCGCUGGCUGAUGCUCUGACCAGCGCCGUUCGUGGGGUCCUGUCCUCGGAAGGCCCGGCUGCCGGGCAGUCCGGCCGGUCAGGCUUUGACUCGGACGACGACGUGGCCGCGCCGGAUGACGAUGGUCGGUCAGUCAUCCUGUCACAUCCUCGCCAUCGGGACUAUGUCUCGCGUGCUGUUAGCCACCUGAAGGUGGCCCUUGCUCACCUCUCGCCGGGAGGAACGCAAGAUGCGGUGCUGGUGGCCGAGGAGUGUCGGGCUGCUGCACAUGCCCUCGCCGGGCUGGCUGGCAAGUUGGCUCCGGACGACGUGCUGGACAUUGUCUUCGCCGAGUUUUGCAUUGGAAAGUGA